CCCUGGUGCGGAGAUGGAUGCGGCCGGGCAGCUUCCACUGCGCGUGGGCUUCGUGGGCGCGGGCCGCAUGGCGCAGGCCAUCGCUCAGGGCCUCAUCCAGGCAGGAAAAGUAGAAGCUCAGCACGUGCUGGCCAGUGCACCAACGGACAGGAACCUUUGCCACUUCCGGGCUCUGGGUUGCCAGACCACCCACUUGAACAAGGAGGUGCUACAGAGCUGCUCACUCGUCAUCUUUGCCACCAAGCCCCAUGUCCUGCCUGUUGUUCUGACAGAGGUGGCCCACGUGGUCACUGCUGAGCACAUCUUGGUGUCUGUGGCUGCUGGGGUCUCUCUGAGCAUCCUGGAGGAGCUGCUGCCCCCAAACACACGGGUACUGCGAGUCUCACCCAACCUGCCCUGCGUGGUCCAGGAGGGAGCCAUGGUGAUAGCACGGGGCCGUCAUGCCAGGGGCAGUGAGACCAAGCUCCUGCAGAACCUGCUGGAGGCCUGUGGGUGGUGCGAGGAGGUGCCUGAAGCCUACGUGGACAUCCACACUGGCCUUAGUGGCAGCGGUGUGGCCUUCGUGUGUACAUUCUCUGAGGCCCUGGCUGAAGGUGCUGUCAAGAUGGGCAUGCCCAGUGACCUGGCCCACCGCAUUGCUGCCCAGACGCUACUGGGGACAGCCAAGAUGCUGCUGCACGAGGGGCGGCACCCAGCCCAGCUGCGGACGGAGGUGUGCACCCCAGGCGGCACUACCAUCUAUGGGCUCCAUGCUCUGGAGCAGGGUGGGCUGCGAGCAGCCACCAUGAGUGCUGUAGAGGCCGCCACUGGCCGGGCCAAGGAGCUCAGCAGGAAGUAGGCCCAGGUUCUGGAGGUUCCUUUCCCACCUAUGCCACUCCUCAGUUCUUCCCAUGCCCUUUCCCCUGAGAACUACGGCUCCAUCUCCAUCCUG